AUGUCAAACAACGGCAGUCGUAAGCGCUCCGCCCCAGCCUCGGGUCGGGCUUCUAAGGCUCGGAAGCCCCGCAAGCCAGCCUCGGAUGAAGACAGCAAUGACUCAGUGCUCUCCGACCAGCCUUUGGAGCCCCAACGGGAACCAUCUCCGCUACCCGAUGAACCAACUAUCAAGUUACCUGAGGAAUUGCUUAAAUCUUUCUACAAAACACCGGGAGUACUUUUGAUUAGUGGUCUUGUAUCCUGGGAUCUUGUUGCCAAAAGAGAUAAUAAUCCUUCAAAGAAAACUCAUCCGAAUCUGUACACUUUUCACAAGUUCACUGAUCAAAAGUACAGGCUAAUAGUGAGUGGAUGCAGUGCUGGUCAUUCCAUUCUGAUUUCCGCGGAGGGAGAAGCGUAUUCAUUUGGUCGUAACACAUGCGGUCAACUCGGCUUUGGUGAUACCACAACAAGGAACAUUCCCGAGCCCAUUCCAACUCUCAAAGGGUUCAACAUCAUUCAUGCAGCUGUUGGAAGGAAUCACAGCUUAUUUGUUACUGAUACGGGUACCGUGUAUGCUUGUGGUGAUAACAAAAGUGCUCAAUGUGGUCUAGGACACACUACGCCCCAGAUAUUAGUACCGACUCGUGUGCGAUACACCGGAGCUCCAAUAGUGAAGGUUGGCUGCGGUGCUGAAUUCUCUAUGAUAUUGGACUGCAAUGGAGCGCUACACUCGUUUGGUCUACCUGAAUAUGGCCAGUUAGGUCACAACACCGAUGGCAAAUACUUCGUAACAUCAACGAAGCUGUCGUAUCAUUUCGAGAUGGUGCCGAAGCAUAUCGCUUUCUUCUUUGAGAAAUCUAAGGACGGCCACGUGAGCCCAGUCAAGGAUGUGGAUAUAGUUGAUUUCUCCUGUGGAAAUAACCAUACGGUGGCCAUAGAUUCUAAGAAGCGCGCCUACAGCUGGGGCUUCGGGGGCUUCGGUCGUCUGGGUCACGCUGAACAACGUGAUGAAAGUGUACCUCGACUGAUUAAAUACUUCGACUCGCAGGCGCGGGGCGUGCGGUCCGUACACUGCGGGGCUACUUACAGUCUGGCUGUCAACGAACACGGGGCUCUGUUCAUGUUCGGUCAAACGAAACGUACGGGUGAAGCUAAUAUGUAUCCGAAACCAGUGCAAGAUUUGACUGGCUGGAAUAUUCGUAGCGUGGGUACAAGCAAUACAUCUAUUGUUAUAGCAGCAGACGAUUCACUCAUCGCUUGGGGAGUGUCACCUACUUAUGGCGAACUGGGUACCGGUGAUAUAAACAAAUCUACAGCUCGGCCUAAAGAGGUGACUCGUAUGGAGGGUCUCAAUAUAACUCAAGUCGCUAUGGGUUACUCCCAUACUCUGCUCCUAAGCGAUGAUACAUCUGAUGAAGUGAAGCAGAAACUCGCUUCAAUGCCAACCUUCAACCCCUAA